AUGGCGAGGAAUUUGGGGGCUUUGAUGCGGCAGUUGCUUAGUAAUUGCAACAACCCGUGUGCAGCAGGUCCCUCAAACCUAUUCGUCAUUGAGACUCUCAGCAUGCAUUAUGAAGCACUUGAAAAAGUUAAAAAUGAUAGUUUGUCUGCGGUUUUCUACUACACUGCACCCGGGUGCCGGGCUACCCGUAAGUGGAUAACUCCAAUCUUUGAUGAGUUGUGUGAGCAAUUCCGACAUAUAACAAUGUAUAAGGUUUACAUGGAUAAGAAUGGCCCUAAAUGCCCAUUGGACAUAUUUGGAAUUUCUCACAAAAGGAAAGCCCCUGAAUCCUCUUUGGACAAGUUGGAAAUUCACAAGACGCCAACGUUCCAUUGCUAUCUAAAGGGGGAACGGGUAGAUGAGCUUGCCGGUGCUUCAGCCAGACACUGGAAAAAAAGACUUGAAAAUGUCUACAACCCGUCUGGGAUGAAGAAAAGGAAAAGGAGAAGACAAGGUAAGAAAGAUGAGAAUGAUGGAGGACUUGUUCAGGUACUUCCAAGUAGGUUUCCUGAAACAUCACUGCCUGGAGUGUUGUCGAAUCUUCAGGGAUCGACUUAUGUAGCAACAUGCCGUUUUGGGAUGUUGGCUUUUGUAAAGGGGAUGCUUUUAUGUCAAGAGAACAGAGAGAGAUUUUCUAAAUUGGAAGGUCGUGAAUCCAAGUUCGAAUGGUUAAAGCAUGAAAUGGCUGAGAAAUGA